AUGGGAUCUACUCAGAGGAGCACAGUCUAUCAAGUGGUCAAGACAAAUAAAGCUGGGUCCAAAGUAGCAGUUUCAGGACAUAGAGGAGCUGAGGUUAGUAAUACAUCCCCUCACAGGGGACAUGGGUCUGUUGCUGCCUCAAGCCAGCAAGGUGCUGCCAUCUCCCUGAGCACUCCUUCCCAACGAAAGUCAGAACCUUCGCAGCCCACCGCAGCAGACUAUCCUCGACCUCUCUCCCCUCAGUCAGGGCCUAACCUCUCCCGAGCAUCCUCCUCUCGAGGCAAUGAGACCCAGCCAAGAUCAGAAGCAUCCCGUCCAGCCUCUCCUCCCCGGAAGAAACAGCAAACUCACUCAGUAGCAGCUUCCCACAGUGUCUCCACACAGCGGAAUGUUAGCUUACCGAGGGAGGAAGCAGCACGAAGAAAUAUGUCUCUUGCUGGGCGUGAGAGCAGCCAUCGCUCCUCAUUAAAUGCAGAUGCCAAAGCCCCUCGCCGGUUGAGUUUUCUAGACCAGAAGGAUAACUUACAAGUCUUAAAAGAGGAAGAACCACCCUCUAAGGUCCAGAACCCACAAGGGGUCAGAAUUCCCCGUAAGAUUUUGGUUCAUCCAAAGGAUGCAGUGGUCCAAACGGAACCCAUUCGGAGGACUGUGACUGCUGCUGAGAUCAGAUCUCCAGGGAGACCCUCUAGCCCAGAACAUGGCAGCAGCCGGGGCUCUGUAGAGUGUCGGACAGCCCAGAGAAGGAUCCCCGGCCAGGAGUCUGAAUUGGGUCCUUACAGCUCAAUUUGCUCAGAUGCCAAGGCCUUGCAUAAGAAUACAAAGUUGGAAUCAUCUAUCAAACUUUCCCUCAGAGAUAUGGAUAGUGGGCACCGAGUUUCCGUGCGUACAGAGCCUGAGUCUGCCCACAAGUAUUCUAUCUAUGCUGAACCCAAGGCCUUCACAAAGGUCUCAGUGUCAUCAGAGGUGGCGUCCAACAUAAAGUCCUCAACCAGAGGAGACAGUGAGUUUGGCCGCAGGGUCACCAUCUCCCCAGGGGGGCAGUCAGUACAGACAGCUCAAUGUGCAACAGUCCGCGCAGUGCCUGAGCGUUCCCAGAAACAGUCUAUCUCUGUGUCUACAGAGCCUGUCUACAAGCAGCCCAUCCAAAGACCCCCAGAAGCUGUCCACACAUCCACAGGACCCACUCAAAAGCCCCCCAUCCAUGCAGAACUGGAACUGACCCCUCGGCCCUUACCUCCUCGAUCCUUACCUAGAUAUGGGCCUGACUGUUCAUGGUGGGCCUUACUCAAUCCUGAGGGUGAAGUGCCUCAAAGCCGGCCAGCAACACCUGAUGUUGAGCCUAAGUCCCCUACUCUCCUAGACUCUUUAUUGUCCUUUUUUGAAAAGGACUCAAAUCCUUUCUGUGAGGAUGCGACAUCCCAGAGAGAGAAGGCAAGUCCAUCACCACCACCACCAGCAAAAGAGUCUCCAAACCGGGCACCACUGAGGGAAGUGCCACAGGCCCCCAAGCACACCUCCAGACAACCCACUGAAAGGUUUAGUGCUUUCUUCUUGGAUUACUGUGAGGAAAUGUACGAUCAUAUCCUCUGGUGGCUAAAAGGUCUGUGCUUUUCUUUCUUUUCAGGGCCUAUUGGGGGGCUUGGGAACACUAUUCAGACCCCCAGCCCAGGACUUGGUGGUACUUAUUGGCUGCUGCCCAAACAGGAUCUCCAGAGAUGUCUGGCCCUCUCCUUUGAGAUCAUCAGUGGGUCCUGCAUCCCUUAA